AGAGGGUUGUAUUGGAUCCAGUCAGUAGCCGCACGAAAGCAAAAAUGGGCAGUCACGCACAAGUGCCAGCUGAGGCGUUGCGAAUUGGGAAGAGAGAACCGAGGAGGAGAACGAGUCACACCUCAGUGAGUCAUCAACAACAAGGGCGUUCUUUCAUCAUCUCGAACGAUUUCAGGUGAAAAAAGUGGACAGCAAAAGGAUGUUUCUCAAAGUGCAGUUGCCCUGGAAUGUCAUAAUACCUGCUGAGAACUUGGAUGCCAAAGGACUAAUGCUCCAAAGGUCAAUUGUUGUCCGCCUUUUAGAUAACUUUGCAAAAAAACGAGCCACCAAAGAUCUCGGAUACUAUCUUGCUGUCUCGACUUUGGAGAGCAUAGGGGAGGGAAAAGUCAGGCAGCACACAGGGGAUGUGCUAUUUCCUGUUGUCUUCAGUGGUAUCACCUUCAAGAUUUUCAGGGGGGAGAUCUUAGACGGGAUUGUUCACAAGGUGCUUAAGCAUGGGGUUCUCUUGAGAUGUGGGCCAAUUGAGAAUAUCUACCUCUCUUGUGUGAAAAUGCCUGAUUACCGCUAUGUGCCUGGAGAGAAUCCAGUAUUCUUGAAUGACAAGACAUCAAAGAUUGAAAAGGAUGUGGUUGUUCGUUUUGUUGUGCUUGGAACAAAGUGGCUAGAGGCAGAGAGGGAAUUCCAGGCUUUGGUCAGUUUAGAGGGCGAUUAUCUUGGACCGGUGUCUUAAAGGUUUAGUCUGCACUCGGCUGGAUAUACAUAUCUUCUGAAAUCUUUUUAUCAGAUUGGCAUAACUGCCAGCUUGUUGGUUGUUUAUGGUGUUGUAUAUUCUUGUGCCACUCUACUUCCUUUUGUGACUGUCAUCUUUGAGUUCUUGCAACUCCAGUGAUUGCUAGACUAUAAGUUGAGCAACUUCGUGUUUCCUUCUGCUUGCAGAUGUUUACAGAUAUUAUAUCCUGAUUUUAGGACA